GACAUGUAGGGCUGUCAAAAAAAUAAUAUUAAGUGUCAAAAUUCGCGGGCUGAUAACUGAUUUUAUCUUUUGUUCUGGUGUUGAAAUGAUAACGUUUUAUUUUAUAACUUGAUAAGAACUUUCUGUAGCUUUAGUGAGAACAUAAGUGUAGAUAAAGUCAAAAUGACAAAAGUUCCGACAGUAAUCCACUGGUUUCGUUUAGAUUUACGCAUCCAUGACAACCUCGCACUUCGAAACGCAAUUAACGAAGCAGAAAAUCGAAAACACUACCUCAGACCCAUAUAUGUGAUAGACCCAAAUAUCAAGAAUAGAGUUGGUUUAAACAGAUUACGUUUCCUACUCCAGAGUUUACAAGACUUGGAUAUGAACUUGAGGAAUAAAAACAGUCGGCUUUAUAUCAUAAGAGGUAAUGCCAUGGAAGAAUUGCCAAAACUAUUUGAAAAAUGGCAAGUUAAGAACAUUACUUGCCAAGUUGACAUAGACCCAGAAGUUGUACAACAAGAUGAGUUUAUUGAAGAAAUUGCUGAGAAAAAAGGGAUUUUUAUAAACAAACGAGUCCAACACACCGUGUAUGAUGUACACAGGGUAUUAAAAAAUAAUAAUGGAGCAGUCCCUUUGACUUAUCAGAAAUUUCUAUCAUUAGUCAAUGACUUGCCAGUUAAGGAAUGCAUUGAGUUAACAAAGUCAGUACCUGAUGAAUGUAAACCACCAGAUUUUGAGUCAAAUAAAUAUAAUAUACCUAGUCUUGAUGAAUUAGACAUAGAUGACACCAAUCUUGAGCCUCUUAAAUACCCUGGUGGUGAAACUGAGGCCAUAAAAAGACUCAAUCUCUAUAUGUCAAAGAAGCAAUGGGUGUGUAAAUUUGAAAAGCCCAAUUCUUCACCAAACAGUAUAGAACCAAGCACAACAGUUCUAAGUCCAUACAUAAGUCAUGGUUGUUUAUCAGCUAAAUUAUUUUACCAUAAAUUAAAGGAGGUGGAAAGAGGUUCACAGCACACAUUGCCUCCUGUUUCCUUAUUAGGGCAACUCAUGUGGAGAGAAUUCUACUAUACCGCAGGUGCAGGUACCAACAACUUUGAUAAAAUGGUUGGGAAUCCUCUGUGCAUGCAGAUCCCUUGGGGUAAAAAUGAGGAGCAUUUAAAAGCUUGGGCUGAGGGUAGGACCGGUUACCCCUUUGUGGAUGCAAUAAUGAGGCAGUUAAAACAAGAAGGCUGGAUCCACCAUUUAGCUAGGCAUAUGGUAGCUUGCUUCCUUACUAGAGGAGAUUUAUGGAUAUCAUGGGAGGAGGGAGCCAAAGUGUUUGAAGAGUACCUCCUUGAUUAUGAUUGGUCUUUAAAUGCUGGUAAUUGGAUGUGGCUGUCUGCUUCAGCCUUCUUCUAUAAAUAUUUUAGAGUUUACAGUCCUGUUGCAUUUGGGAAGAAAACUGAUAAAGAAGGGCUGUAUAUCAAGAAGUAUGUGCCAGAGUUGAAAAAGUUUCCCAGUAGUUUUAUCUAUGAGCCUUGGAAAGCUCCAAAAUCAAUACAGACUGCUGCUGGAUGUGUAAUUGGAGUUGAUUACCCUAAAAGAAUUGUUGAUCAUGAUAAAAUCCAUAAAGAAAAUAUGCAAAAAAUGAAUAUUGCCUACAAAGCUAACAGAGAGAAAAAAGCUGUAAAAAGGCCAAGAUCAUGAAGAUGUAAUUUUUUAAGCAAACGAAAUAAUGUUUUUUUUUUAUAAUAAUUGUUAAAUAGGAAAUAAAGUAAGUGGUAUCUGAAA